UAGCAUAUAGCAUGAGAUUGAAUAAAGUAUAAAUUGUGGGACAUAAAUUUUAAUCGAUCAGAUGUUAUCUGAUGGUAAAGUCUUAGUUUUUGAAUUUAUCAAGGAAAUUAAUAAAUCAUUUAUAAUAUGACAACAGUAGAAUGAUUUAAAUUCUAAGGUUUGAACUGAAAACCUUGUUUUAAAAAAAUAAUCAAUAAAAUUACUGUGAUCUGUAUAGGUUCUGUGUUAUAAGUACGGCGAAAAGAUUGUUAGAUAAAUGAUUAAAAAUAAGUUUAAAAAUUAGUUGAUUAAAGAUACUUUUUUAAGAAGCAUGAAAUGCAUAAAAGGAAACUUAAACGUAACACAUUAACACAAAAUGUAAAAUCUGAAAACUUAUCAAGAGUGAAAGAUUAUCAAAACAAUCAAAAUGAAUCAAGUGAUAAUUUUCAAUUACCAAGUUUACAAAAGAAGAAAACUUGGAAAGAUGUUGAUGACAAUUUAUCAACUGAUUGGAAUAGUAAUGCAACAGAUAUAUUUUGUUCAUCAGAAAUUGAAAAUAUUGCAACAAGAAAAGUUAUGCAGCAGUGGGAGACUAUUGAAAAUACACUAUAUGAAGAUGGUGAACAAGUAACUCAAACGGCUGUUUUGGAAGAAUGUACACAAUGGAAAACACAAAUACCUCAUUUAAGAAUAAUAGGAAAAAAUCCAUUUCUUUCUAAAAGUAAUUAUCAAGAUUUGAACAUAAAUCAUAAUCAAGUGAAAAAUAUUUCUCAUAAUGAAGAUACAUAUUUAGAACAUAAUAUUUCAAUAAAGGAAAGAAAAAAUUCAUCCAAGCAUAAAUUACAAAAAACUGCACAAGAUGAAAUACUUGAUAUGCUUUAUGCAUAUGUAAUAUCAGAGUUGUUUCCUAAAAAAGAAAAUGAAAUUGAUUCAUUACAUGAUGAUUUUAAUGAUGUUUUACAAAUACGUAUGGCAUCUAUUCAUAGCAAUAAAAGUUCUGCAAAAAGUUCAAAGAUAAAUUGGUUUGAAGAAACAAUUCCUCUUGAAAAUAAAUUUUCAAAUAAUAGUGGUAAAUCUGUAGAAGAUCAUAUUUUAUCUAUGAGAAAAGAUGUUACUCAAACAAACAUGCAAGAAAUUCAAAAAAAAUAUGAUAAUUUUAUGAAUAAUGAUAGAAUAAGGAAUGAAAAGGAUGAAUUCAUCAUGGAUGACAAGUUUUCUAGGCCACAUACUAGUAGAAAUAAACUUGGAACAGUUUUCAAUGAAAAGAUUGUAGUUAGUCCUGUGCCUUAUGUUUUAUCAACUAGAGAAAGUUUUUCUACUAUAAGAACUACUCCAAUUAAGUUCAUGGCACAGUCUCUAGAAGUUUCUACUUUUCAAAGUUCAAAUAAAAAUAUCAAUUAUUUCAAAAAUUCCGAAAAAAAUUCAAAAAUUUCGAAUUAUCAAUCUUCUUGGCAUACUCCUGUUUCUCCUGCUGUAUGGGUAAAAAAUGUAAAGCUUGCUCCUCUAGAUAUGUCACGAUUUCCGAAUAGUAAAAAUAGAUCUUUAACAUCAUCAGUAGUAUUAUCCCGUAAUAAAAAACCUUUAAGUCCUAUUUCUCGAUCUUCUUUGCCUGUUUCUGCACAAACAAUUCAUAAUAAUCAUGAAAGUUUAGAAAUUCAAGGGAAACAAAUAACUCCUAGACAAUCUCCUAAAUUAAACAUGUCAACUACAGGUUUGGAAAACAUCUCUAGAAAUAGUACAAAAAAAAAGAAGAGAAGUCAAACAAAAACAAAGUUAUAAUAAAUUAUAAUAAUUUUGAUAGUUAGAAAAAAAAUCGAUUUUAUAAAUUCUGUAAGAUUAUUUUUAUCUUUGUAAAUUUAAAUUGUAUUUCAUUGUUUUACAUAAAUAUGAUAUAAUAAUGACUGGGUAAAGCGUGGACCAUGUAAUUGAAAAAAAAUUAUAUUUCUUUCUUAUAUUUAAAUUAAUUUCCUUUUAUAUAUUUAAAGUGAAAAUUCAUUAUUGUUUGUGAUAUAAUAAUGAUGUAUGAUAAAAAUU